AUGGGCGGCGCCGUGGACGCGGGCGCGGGCAAUCCUCCUCCUGUUCAUCCACCGCCGCCGGCGGCCUUCCAUGUGGACCGGGUGCUGCAGGCUCUGGGCUUCGAGUUCACCUGCGUCACCGCCGAGGAGGUGGUCGGCCGCCUCCCCGUCAACGAGACCUGCUGCCAACCGUUCGACUGGCUCAACGGCGGCGUGUCGGCGCUGAUGGCGGAGACGACGGCCAGCAUCAGCUGCUACGUCGUGUCGGGGUAUCGGAGGCUGGCCGGGGUGCAGCUGUCCAUCAACCACGUCGGCCCCGCGCGCCUCGGCCCUCGGCGACCUCGUCCAGGCGCGGGCCACGCCCAUCGAGCUCGGCCGUAA